AUGCUCCACGCGCGCCCUGCCAUUCACACGUGCGACAUCAUCCGCCUCGGGCUCCCGUAUGGCGCUGCCCCAAACAAGCAGCAGACAUCCGUCCACGACUGGAUGCAGUAUGAAGCAGCCUGUGCCCGUGACGAGAACCUCUGUGCGGUGGGAGACCUGACUGGCAGCGCGGGCGGCGCAUUUGAUGCGUCGCAGUGCACGUCCGGUUCGUGCUUCUCAACCUUGGUGGACCAGGCUGACCUGCCCCUCCAAGGACCCGCAGCCAUCGUGCACCUCGCCCUAACGGUGCGCUCCACAUCUCUCCAGGCAGACGGCAUCACGCCCAGCACCAUCGCAUGCGCCCAUGUGCAGGCUGUCGCCGGCCAGCCCCCAAGGCUCGCCACGCACGACGUGCUGGAGGCUCGUUUCCGCGACUCGCCGUUCAUCCUCGGAUACAUGCGCAUGUGGCAGCCAUCCAACCACUCCAACCAGGCCACCGCCGUGUUUCUGGAAUACAGGUACCUCAACUCGCUGCAAGGCAGAAGCGAGGGCCACUCGCGCAGACGCCGCAAGCGAAACGACGCGUCACUGGCAGCAGGACCACCGGCACCAUGCACUGAAUGCACAGCCGUGGCUGUGUUCGACUCCGUCGGCGUUACAGGCACCGUCGAGUUCCAACCAUGUUGUGGCAACAAGUUUCUCGUGGAUGCGCGUCUGUCCGGCCUCCCCGCCAACGACUCGUACACUCUGAUGCUCCACGCGCGCCCUGCCAUUCACACGUGCGACAUCAUCCGCCUCGGGCUCCCGUAUGGCGCUGCCCCAAACAAGCAGCAGACAUCCGUCCACGACUGGAUGCAGUAUGAAGCAGCCUGUGCCCGUGACGAGAACCUCUGUGCGGUGGGAGACCUGACUGGCAGCGCGGGCGGCGCAUUUGAUGCGUCGCAGUGCACGUCCGGUUCGUGCUUCUCAACCUUGGUGGACCAGGCUGACCUGCCCCUCCAAGGACCCGCAGCCAUCGUGCACCUCGCCCUAACGGUGCGCUCCACAUCUCUCCAGGCAGACGGCAUCACGCCCAGCACCAUCGCAUGCGCCCAUGUGCAGGCUGUCGCCGGCCAGCCCCCAAGGCUCGCCACGCACGACGUGCUGGAGGCUCGUUUCCGCGACUCGCCGUUCAUCCUCGGAUACAUGCGCAUGUGGCAGCCAUCCAACCACUCCAACCAGGCCACCGCCGUGUUUCUGGAAUACAGGUACCUCAACUCGCUGCAAGGCAGAAGCGAGGGCCACUCGUUCACCAUCCACGCCAACCCAACAGGCGCAGACGCCGCAAGCGAAACGCGCCGCUGUCGCUCUGCGGGCUCCCUCUUCGACCCUUUCAACAUCAUCAACACAGCAGUGUGCACGGCAGAGUCCACCACCGCGCAGUGCCCCGUCGGUGCGCUGUCUGCGCGCCACGCCCCCCUCAACAUUGCCAGCAACUGGUCAAGCGUGUUUGUCGUGGACGCCGCCCUGCCGCUCACAGGCGCAGCCAGCGUGCAGCAGCGCUCUCUCGUCAUCAACGAGCUCGCUGACGUUGGCCGCCUCGCAUGUGCGACGCUGGUGGCGCCAGAAGUGCGCACCGUCACGGCACACUUCUACGGCGACGUUGCUGGCUCGAUCGCAUUUUCCCAGGCCAGCACAGACAUGCACGCCACCAUCACCGUCAGCCUGCACACCGCCACCAACGACACGCAUCUGUUUGUGCGCGUGCACGAGCUGCCACUGUUACAGGGCGUGAGCAGCAGCGAUGAGGGCGUGUGCAACACGACGGGACGCGUGUACAACCCCGACAGCUUGCCUGCAUGCACGGCUGCCACAGCCAGUGCGGACGGGUGUGCCCCUGGCGACAUUGGCGGCCGGUGGGGUGUGGUGAACGUGACAGCGACAGGCACCAGCAGCAGCAGCAGCAGCAGCAAUGAUGGCGGAGUGCUUGUUGAUGGCGGGGUGACGCUGUUUGGGCCUCGAAGCAUUGCUGGGCGGUCUGUUGUGCUGAGCAGGGCUGACGGGCGCGUUGUUGGGUGUGGGAACAUUGGGUUUAGUGGGGGUGUGAAGACGCUUGUGUCGCGGUUUGUUGGGCCGCGCGUGUUUGGGAGCGUGACGUUUCGGCAGCUUGUUGGGCGUGCUGAGACGGAGACGAGUGUGCUUGUUGAUCUUGUUGACGCUGACGGGAGUGGUGCUGGGAGCGAUGCUGGGGUUGUGUGGAUGAUCAGCGGGGAAGCACCUGAGGACGGGGUGAACUGUGAGGGGGCGUUGAGCGGGAGCGUGUUCAACCCGUUUGGGGUUGUGUGCGAUGGCAGUGGUGACUGCGGUGAGCUGUGUGGUGGAGCCGAUGAGCAGGCGCAGCUUGGGUGCCGUGUUGGGGACCUGAGCAGCAAGCAUGGUGCAGCUGCUGUUGGGAGACGGUACAUGGUGACUGACCAUCGAGGACCACGUCUUGACCCUGGGCAGCUCACAGGACAGUUCACAGGACAGCACGGGCUCGUGUGCACGUGUGAUGCCAUUGAGGCCAUCGCUCGCAUCUCCGCUGGCUACCUGCACGGCGAAAUUCGCCUCUCCCAGCUGUCCCCCUUCUCCCCUGUCGUCAUCCAAUCCAGCGUCUCUGGCGCCGACAUUGCCCAGACGCAGUACACGGUGUCAGCUUACGACCAGCAGUCACCUUACUUCCUCUCGGAACGCGCCCCUUGUGCUGUCGAUGCCACGGCUCCAGUCCUCCAGGCGCUGCUUGAUCUUGGGCCGUUUCCAGUGUCAUUGUCUUCCCAGGGCGACCCCACCAUUGCGCACACAGACACGUCAGUGAAUGCCACGCUGUAUGGACGCACAUCGCUCCUCGGUCAGGCCCUCGGGCUGGCGGCUGGUGGCCACGGCGCGUGUGGUCGCAUCACAUACGCCAGCAGCGACGUGAUCACCGCAGCGGCGUCCUUUGCUGAAAACUCAACCGUCACAGGCAUUGUGCUCUUUGAGCAGGACCCGAGCGUGCUGCAGACAACUGUGACGGUCACCCUUGCGCUUGCCAACACAUCUGCACACAUGCCGGUAGACACGGCGCAUGUGCGACUGUAUGUUGUGGAAGGCGGUGGCGACGGCAGUGGCGUUGGUGAUGCGGGCGCGCUGGAGGCGUGCCGCCGCGGUGACUGGCGGCUGUUCAACCCAACAGCAGCCGAGGUUGACAGCAGCAGCUACGCCGAUGACUGUCGCAGUGACGCUGCCUCAUGCGCUCUCGGAGAUGUUGCGGGGCGACAAGGGUACGUGACACUGGACACAACAACGCAUUCGUCUUACGUGUUCAGCGAUGGAGCACUUGUGCUAAGCGACAGCGAGGGCGAGAGCACCAGCAUCGUCGGCCAGCUGCUGGCGGUUGUCGCUGAGGAGGACAGCGCCUUGCUGGGCUGCGCACCGAUUGGCCAGCUUGAGGAGCGCGUUGUGUCUGCCACAGCCGGCUCCUCCACCGUCACUGUUCGCCAGUCGUCGCCGCUGCUACCCGCCACCGUCACCACGGACUUUACACAGGCUGCCCAGACGCUGGCCCAGUUUCAGGUGUCCUCGCGCCCGCUCGACGCCCGUCUGCCAGAGGAGCAGCCGUGUGGGCCUGCGUUUGUGGGCAGCACGUUUGCCCCGUACGCACCACGCGAUUGCACGGUUGUUGCUGGCCGCCCCUGCGCGCAAGAUGCGUUUGCUGCCGGAGAUCUCAGCGGCAAGUUUGGGUUUGUGCAGGCGUUACGUCGCGCAAGGCACACGUUUGUUGACCACACGGUCACGCUGUUUGGGCCGCGGUCCCUCGCCUAUCGCACGCUUGUGCUGAUGCAGCUGGGCAAUCUCCCUGCGGCGUGCGCGCAGCUGCUGCCCGUGGUUCCCGUCAACGCCAGUAGCAGCAGUGGUGCGGGAACAGAGGCCGUGUUCACCACCCCCAACGCGCCGUCUACGCUGUAUCGUGGCAGCGUUGGCCUGCGCGCUGCAUGGACAGACGCCCUCGCCAGCGUCGCUGUGCUUUCAUCGCUGACCCGGAACGAUGCGCACGUGUCGGCCCUUUCAGCAGCGAUUGCUGUUGGAGAGGAUGUGAGCGGCGCGACGUGGUCACAGCCGCCGCUGCCGCCUGCGCACGUGUGCGAGGCCUUCGUGAGCGACGCUGCCGCUGCUUUGACGCGGCCGCCGCCGCCACCCAUGUGCAGCGAGAGCACGCUGCUUGGGCAGCUGGCGUGCGUGACUGCCAGUGCCAUGGCGGAGCAGAGAAGCGCGCACGCGCUUGCAUCGGACGUGCCGGUGCCCGCGUUGGAAGUGUUUGUGCUGCUAUCAGUCCAGGAGGGUGACAUUGGCAUUGGCUCGUCGUUCACGCUGGACGACGCUGACGCUUCACCGUUCCCCACACUGGGCACUGUGGUCAGCCUUGUGCCAACAGCCACUGUUCCCCACAGCGAGGCGGCCGGCACGGAAGCGCCGACGCUCACGGCUCUCCGCGCCAUGCUGAGCGCUGAUGCCCCGUCCAUCGUCGACUUGUCAGCACAGCAGCUCGCUUUCUCCAAUGGCGCUCGCGCGGUGGUGCUGCGUGCUGUGGCCUCGGCGCCUCGCCUUCAUUACCUGCAGUUUAUGCAUGUGUCGUCCCUGCCGCCAGCUGCCACGACUGCAGUCGCCAACACAACAGCUAUUGGUGCUGGUGCUGGUGCGUCCUACGCACUUGUGGGCGUGCUGCUGCCAUUGCAGCCUGAACCGCCAGCAGGUGCUGGUCGCGCGUGUGCUGCUCUGACGGCGGUAGGUGAGCAGCAGGCGUGCAGUCUCCUCUGCAGCGGCGGCUGCACGGGACCAGCGCCCUCGGAGUGUGUGGGUGGGUGCCGUAGCCUUGAGUUUGCCGGCCAGUGUCUGGAGACAUGCGAGCAGCUCAGCAACAGCUCCUUCACCCAGGGCGCAACGUGCAAGGCGUGCCACUUUGAAUGCGCAGGUGGCGGGUGCACAGGUCCCACCCCACGCGACUGCGUUGGCGGCUGCCGUCACGCGUAUGAUCCCGCGGCUGAGGCCUGCGUGCGCGCUUGUCCGCUCGGCACGCUCGCUGGCGAUGACGGCGUGUGUGCGGAGGACACACGCACUGGUCGCGUGGCGCAGGCAGUACUUCCCAGUGACGGUGAGCAGGAGCGCGUGGUGGAGUUCUGGCAGGUGUCGGGCAGCAGCGACACGACCAUCAGCCAGCGCGGCCUCGACGCGUACGUGUCGUCGUCUGCGUAUGUGUGGGAGGUCCGUGAGCUGCGCACGUCGUUGCCGGUGUUUGGCGAUGACGCGUGCAGGGACGACGUCGUUGGGGGCGUGUUCAACCCUGCGCAGUCCACUCGCGACUGCACCACCGCGGAUCCCUUUGGCUGCCCCGUGGGCCAGCUCAGCCGCAGACAUGCCAGCAUGCCGCUGCAAGGCAGCACCAUCACGGACGUCGCCAGCCCCUUGUUUGGCCAAGAUCUCAUCUCAGGCCGCACGCUCGUCAUCACCAGCGCAGACGGCACGGAGCGCCUGUGCGCCGUCAUCUCGGUGCCGCUUCACCACAGCACGCAUGUCGUGCGGGCCGCCUUUACGUCGCCGUUGCAAGGCAGCGUGGUGGCGCGACAGGCAGUGCGCUUUGACGGCGUGGCGGCGGAGACGCUGCUUGCCGUUGACAUGCGAGUGGUUGGUGCUGCGCUGGCGGCUCGCGGCCAGGUCACGCACGACUGGGAGGUGCGGGAUGGCUCUGUGUUUCCACACGAGACGCUGCAGGCGGAGUGCGCUGCAACGGGCGCUCUGUUUGAUCCAUUCAACCAAGGCAGCAACGCCCGCUGUGGCCCAAGCACGAUCCCUUCCUCCGUUAGCGGCUACCAGCAGAACUGCCGCGUCGGCGACUUGACGAGCAAGCACGGCGCCCUCGCCCUGAGCAGCGAAGUUGCGCUUCGGUUCCAGCGCGUGGACAUCCAGCUGCCGCUCCUUGAUGACGGAAGCGUCCUCAACCGCACACUGACUGUGUUGGAUGGGGCGACGAUGGAUGGCGGUGGUGGUGAAGGUGGUGAUGCUGGCGGUGUGCUGGCAUGCGCUGGACUGAUCACAGCCGAGCCGCGCCAUCUCCUCGCCAACAUCACGCUUGCGAGCAGCGGGCUGCUCACGGGUGCGGUGUCGUUCUUCCAGCGCACGCCUGAUGACACACCCCUCGUUCGCAUCGACGUCGAGGGCCUUGGCGGCGCCUUCGCUGACUUUGGCGUGGUGGACGCUCCCCCUGCCGUUGCGUGUGCCCAGCACGGCGCGCCUGCGUGGUUCAGCCCGUUCACCUCCACCCACGACCCAUCGCCCGUGGGCCUCCUGUCUGCCAAGGUUGGCUCGUUCGCUGGCGUGUUUGUCGGUGUGAGCGGCGCCGUGCUGCCAGACGCGGAACUGCCGCUCUCUGGCCCGCACAGCAUCGCUGGCCGAACACUCGUCGUGACAAACGCGACAACGGGCGCGGCAGCCGUGUGCGCGCGCAUUGUGGACACUGAGUGGCGCAGGCGCGCCGUCGCCGAUGUGCGUGGGAGCGUCGAGGGCAAGGUUGUGUUUGAGCAGCAGCACGACGUGUCGCAGGAGACGAUGAUCACGGUUUCGCUCGCUGCGAGUGCACAGGCGCCAGCGGGCCCCUUUGUGUGGCAGCUGCAGAGCGAUGCGUACAACUGCACCGUGGGCACUCCCCUCAACUCGUACAACGUGUGUGUGGCUGAGAGCUGCGAUUACGAGGCGCAGUGCGGGCUAGCCGCGCAGCAGCGCGGGUGCACUGUUGGUGAUUUGACAAGCAAGCAUGGUGUGCUUUCUGUUUCGCCAGCGGGCGUGUCUGGCGUGUUUUCCGACCUUCUCCUGCCUGUCAGCGAGGAUGUGUCUGGGAGCGUGCUUGUUGUGUACACGGAGGACACGAGCGAAGUGGUUGGCUGUGGGAGUGUUCGUGUCGUGCAAGCUCCAGCAGACCGCACGACCACGACCACCACAACCACAACCACGACUACCACAACCACCACGACUACCACCACAACCACGACUACCACCACGACUACCACCACAGCCUCGACGACCCAAGCCCGACCAACCACCACGACUGCCACACAGCGUGUGACACGAUAUGCGCUGCUAGAGCUUGUUGGGCUUGGCUCCGUCACUAACAGCAUGGUGGAUACGCUUGCAAACACAUUGCAUGGCGAGAUUGCAUCAGCGUGCGCGUGCAGCGUGCAGGUGACGAUUGUGGAUAUCAUCAACACACGCGACAGCAGCAGCAGCAGCGGCAGCGGCAACCGUCGUCGUCGUGCCACAACGUCAAUUCAGGUGUUGUAUUCAGCGAGCAGUAGUGUUGUGUCUGGUGCGCUGCUGGCGGGCGCCAUGGAUGCUGCCGUGUCAUCUGGUGGUGUGCUGACACGGCUACGCACAAGCAGCGGUGGUGGUACGUUUGCCGACGUGAGCGGCGUGUUUCAAGGGGAUGUUUCUGCCACGGAGGCUGCGGCGCGGUCAUCGGAGACGGGUGCUGACAGCGGCGCGAGCUCGGGUGGCGGAUCUGGCAGUGUUCCCAUCCCCAUCAUUGCUGGCGCUGCCGGCGGGUUUGUUGUGCUGUGUGCGCUGAUCGCGUGCGUGGUUGUUCGGGGCCGCCGCCGCCGUCAUCGUGGCGAUGCGCUUCGCGACAUCAAGUCGUGGAGCAGCGGUGGGCGGCACGGCACGGCGACCAGCACGGCGUCGGCGGCAACAACAGUGGGACACGGGGCGAGACCGUCACACUCGUCCUCCAUUUACCUGCUGGGCAGCCAGAGCACCGACGCGCCGUCGCCACCCAUGCGCGGCCGCACAUACACCAACGGCGGCACAAGCAAGCUGCCGUGUCCAGACACCACGGACAGCGAAGGGUAUGCCAUCCCCUCUGUCAUCUUUAGUCAGGGGCACAAGGCCGGCACGUCCGGCGAGGAAGGCGGGCUGGGGCUGGCAGACAACAACGCGGCCGAGCCUGCGACGGCAUACAUCAAGGCCAUGCCACUCAAGCCGCUUCGGGGCGAUGGCAGCGCUGGCGGCGUGGUGGACAAGAAUGCGACAUCGGCGUCGGCGUCACUGCCAGGCGGGGAUGCGCGUCGCUCCAUGCUGCUGCCACGCCCCAGCAGCUGCGUGGUUGCGCGUGCCCUGCACGACUAUGAUUCGGCCGAGGACACGGUUCUUGCCCUCAAGGCCGGCGACAUGGUGGAGGUGACGGAGAAGGCGGACAAUGGGUGGUGGUGCGGGAAGAUUGGUGCGCGCUCCGGCUGGUUCCCAUCGUCGUUUGUGCAGGUGGAGACGGUGGAGGAGACGGUGGUGGAUGAUCUGCCAUCGCGCCUGCCCUCCGUUGUAGAGCGUGCAGAGCUUGAAUCUGGCGACCGCACUGCCGGUCGUGACAGCAGCGGCGGCGGCAGCAGCAGCAGCAGCAGGGACAACAAGCGCACAUCUCUUCUCCCUCCUCCUCCCCCGCGGCUCGCUGCAGCAACGGUAGCAGCUGGGGCGUCGAAGGCAGGUGAGGAGGAAAAGGCAACGAAAGACGGGCGCAAGCGGCCAACACCACCACAGCGCAAUUCGUCCACAGCUGCCAGCCUGAACACGAGCAAUACAGCACCACCUGCAACCUCAACAGCCGCGCGGGCACAAGGGCUGAUGGGCGCCUUGAACAAACAGCUGGCAGCUCAGCUGGGGCAGCAGCAACAGCAACAACAGCAACGGCAAACGCGCGCUAAGCCUGUCAAGCCUGAAAGGAAGCAAAGCAAGUCUUCACCAUCGUCAUCAUCGCAGCCAGUCAGUGCCCCGACCAACACGACACAACAAGCAUCCACACCAGCGGAGUCUGCUGUCGACAAGACUCGCGACAACAACAGCAGCAAUAACAGCACCAGCCAUACCACCACCACCACCACCACCAACAACAACAACAACAACAACAACAACAACAACAACAACAACAACAACAACAACAACACAGCGAGCAGAGCGGAGAAGCCCUCGGGCCAGGAAGGGGCCAGCGAAACCACCACGACCGCCGCCGCCGCCGCAGCAGCAGCAGCAGUCACCGUGAUGGUUGCGCAGUAUGCUUAUGACCCUUCAGAAGGGGACGGAUUGAAGCUGACAUCUGGAGCAGAGGUGGAAGUGUCCCUUGUGCGUGAUGAUGGCUGGGCGUACGGCAGCUGCGAGGGCGCCGUGGGCUGGUUCCCUGCAUCAUAUGUUGUGCCCAAGGACAGCGAACAAAAUGCAGGUGGGCCCGGAAACCAGGGCAAGGGUACGCGGGCAAGCGACCUGUACGACAACGUGGGGGACGAUGAGGAACUUGAGGACAUGUAUGAGCAGCUGUAUGCGUUCCCGGUUGAGGCGGAGCCUGCUCCUUCUGGGCCGGAUGCGUGCUACACUGCAUUGUAUGCGUACAGGCCAGUUGGGGAGGCGGAUCUGGAGCUGCAUGAGGACGACGUGUUGACGGUCAUCGACAAGACAGGGGACUGGUGGCUGGGCAGGAUUGGGGUGCGUGAGGGCUGGUUCCCGGGGACAUAUGUGAAACACACGCCUGAAAAGUACCGUCAACUCGCUGCGCAAUCUGUCUUGCCGCCCCCGCCGUUGCCGCCUCCGAAUCGCGGGAAGCAGCAGCAGCAGCAGCACAAGGAGGAAGGUGUACAGGGCGCGGGUCGUGCUAGCACGGAGGCAGCACCUGCAGCAGCAGCGGUGGCGAAGGACACGCCCUCCACCGCGCAGUUCCCAGCCUCUUCAGCACCGGCACCACCGCCAGCGCCGCCACCACCAGGGGCACCUUCGUCAGGAGCAGCGACCUCAACCGCCGUGUCAAAGAGCGUGAAGAUGAAGGCAAAGCCACCACCUCCAAACAAGAGCAAGGCCAAGCAGCAACAGCAACAGCAACAGCAACAAGGAGGUACGCAAUCGCCCGCCACCAACCCAAUGGCCAUACAGAGUGAGCUGGCGGCUGCUCUUGGGAAGCGGGGUGGUGCUGCCAAUGAGUCCAACGGGGAGACUCACGACAGCAGCAGCAGCGGCAGCAGUAGCAAGGCUGGGAAACCGCUGCCAGCUGCGCUCCGCACUGCGCCAUCAGAGCCCAGUGGCAAGGGGGCACGUCGACUGCCGCCCCCCACGUCUGCGCCGCCGUCGCGCAAGCCACCGCCUCCAGUUGGGCAGGGCCGCAGCAGCAGCGGCGGGAAGCGCCAACAGCAACGGGGUGUGUCACGCCGUUCCCAUGUGCGCAACCUGCGUCCACAGAGAGCCGUGCCUGCACCACCACCGCCGCCACCAACCGCCGCACCUGCACAAGCGCCAAAGGCGGCGCCCACUGCAGCAAGUAUGAAAAAGAAGCCGCCGCCGCCACAAGCGAGAGGAGCGGGGAAGCAGGAGGAGCAGCAAGAUGCAGCGAAGAUGCAGCUUGCCCCGCUGCCUGCAGCGCCUGCAGCGCCUGCAGCACAAAGUCCACAUCAGCAGCCGUCAACGGGGGCAAAGACAGCACAGCAGCAGCAGCUCCGGGAACUGGCGCAGGUGGCAGCACAGCGGCAUCCAUCCUCCAGUGACGUGACUGCCAACAACAAAGCAACUGCUUUGACGUCUUCGUCGGCUGCUGCAUUUUCUUCUUCGUCAACACAGGCGGCGUCGGUUGUCGUGCACGCGAAACCGCGUCCUCCACCGCCAUCCAAGCAGGCGCCAACACGAAGCAGCGAAGCGCCUGCACCUGCUGCACGCGCUGCACCUGAACCAACCAAGCCUGCGUUGGCAGGCAGCGCGGUGAAGAAGGACGGCGCACGUGUGAGCACCGCAGCAGCGGUGACGACUGCAAAGACGGAUGGUGCGGAUAACUCAGGUGCCGGGCGGCCGAAACCGCCACCGCCGAAGAAGCCAGGUCAACUUGCCGGCCACAAGGUCGCGCCCGCCGCCACCAAACCAGCACCUGCAGCCAGGGAGGGCGGCGUUGGUGGUGGUGAUGGUACGAAUGGCUAUGGCAACAAUGGCAACAAUUUGGUAAAGGAGCUGGGGAAAUCCCUCAAGCAGCAAGCACCCGCGACAUCAGGGGCAGCAGCUCCCCAUGCUGACAAGGGCGCGAAGCACAAGCUGCCACCACCGCGAGCGACAGCAGCCGUCACGCAGGCGCCGCCGUCGAGUGCGCUGCCGCCCCCACGUCAAGCGCGCCCAGCCAAACAGCAGCAGCAACAGUCAGCACAGCCUGUACAGUCUGUACCGCCAGCUCAGCAGCAACAGCCACAGCGUGAGCAGCAGCCAGCGCAACGACCACAGCGCAAGCCGAGUGUGAGACCCACAACCAGGCCGGUAGGGAGCCCUGGGGUGAAGAAGCCCGCAACAGCGCCUGCGUCGGGCGCAUCAACAGCGGCACCACGUGCAAGCGUGAAAGCGACACCAGCGCGUACAGCGCCUGCCCUGACCAAACCACAGGCGGCAGUGUCACCGUCAGCACCAGCUAAGCCGCGCGCCCCUGCACGGGCAUCAACAGCACGCAAGCCACCCGCUCACGCUUUGAGCCGAGACGGCGGAGACACCAAGACGAGCAGUUCCCGCACACCACCCGCACCCUCGUCGUCAACGCCGGCAUCAGCAGCAUCUGCAACGACAACGGCAGCAACGUCAGGACCAUCGCGGCCCUCGGCACCAUCUGUGCGCAAGUCGGCACCAACAGCGACGCCACCCGCCUCCCGCAAGCACCCGAACCACCACCACCAGCAGCAGCAGCAGCAGCAGCAGCAGCAGCAGCAGCAGCAGCAGCAGUCACAGCGACGACCAGCACCGCGGGCGACUCGUGUGCCUGCGAGCUCGAGUUCUUCUUCGUCGUCGCCUUCGACUGCGGGGCCUUCACGCCCAGCUGCACGCGCAAGCACGCGCACAGGUGGCGCUUCGCAGGGUGCGCCGAGCCGACCACCAGCACGCCCAUCUGCUGGGCCGCGCGCACGAACCAGCAACCAGGCCUCGUCACAGCAGCAGCAGCAGCAGCAGCAGCAGCGACCUGUGGCGGCUGCACGGAAGCGUACAAACCCGGGCGAAGCGAGCACGGCGAAGAAAAACAAGGGGGGUGGCGACGGAGGUGGAUCGAGCGUGUGCAAGGCGAUUGUGACGUAUGUGGCACGAACGGCGGAGGAGCUGUCGUUUGAGGAAGGCGAGGUGAUUGUUCAGCUUUCACCCGCCGUGAAUGGGAUCUGCAAAGGCAUGAAACAGGAUGGCACAGUCGGCACCUAUCGUGCUGCUCACGUCGAUUCCUUCUAAUGUGCUACGUGUGUAUUGUUAUUGUUAUUGUGGUUGUGUGUGUGUGUCGUGGGUUUGUGUGUAUUGUGGCUGUGUGUGUGUGUGUGUGGAGGUGUGCGCCCUGCAUUGCAGCACCCUUGCACUGCAACGCCCUGCAUUGCAACGCCCUGCAUCUCUGUUGGCGCUCCUUUACGUGUGCAUUUCUUUUUCAGGUGUUUUGUCAUUUUGGUGUUCUUGAUCUUGUUUUUGUGAGUGGAGUCGAGUUUCCUUCGCUGCCACUCUUGUGCAGGCACAAGAUGUGCUGUUUGUUGUGUUUAUGGAUUGACGAUGACUGUAGUGCAAGCGAGAAGCGAGCGAGAGUGUUUAGUCAGCGACCCUGUUUGACGGCAACGUCACCCGAGUCAAAAACUACCAUACAUACAUACAUCCAUCCA